ACUUUUUUUUUAUACUUCCUUUUGUUCUACACUCCACCACUGUAUCAAAUUAAAUUUAAAAUCUAAGCCUAAAUUUUAACUUUUUAUUUUAAUUUAUCUUUUCAUAGAGAUUAAAAUCUCUACACACAAAAAAAAAACUUUAAAAUUCGAAUUUUCUUAAUUUAGUGUUGGAGGAGACUUUCGAACCGGACCUUAAUUUUUAAUGCGAUAUUUUCAUGUGUUUGAGCAUGAAUGGCAGCAGUUCUUAUGAGCGGUUCUACAAUGAAAAUGCAACGAUUCACAACCAUGAAAAUGAGCUUCCACACUAAUUCUCAGGGUCUUUCCAAAGUCAAACCGAGCAGUGAAGAGUUAAUGUCAAACAUACUUAACAGAAAAUGGAGGUUGCAUCUUCCUGAUACCAAUAUUCAUCAAAUAAGGCUUUCUCCAGUGGGAGGAGAAAAUAAAAAUGGACCACUUAGCAACAUGAACUUUAUAAACAAUUCUCACCCAUGUUUGGGUGAUCAACUUAUGGAAAAAGACAGUCAGAACCCGUCCUUCUAUGUUGUAAGGGAUGAUUUGUUGCAUCCCUUAGUAAAUGGCAAUAAAGCGAGAAAAUUGGAUGGAUUGCUUCCACUCCUUAUGGAUCAUUUAGUGACUGAUGUGGUCACAUGUGGAGGCUGUCAAAGUGCACAUGGAGCAGCUGUCGCUGUUUCAUGUGCAGAGAUAGGGAUCAAGUCACAUUUGCUUCUGAGAGGGGAGCAGCCUGAAGUUCUGACUGGCUAUAACCUGAUUUCAACAUUAUACGGGAAUGUAACUUAUGUUCCAAGACAUCUUUAUGCCCAAAGAGAGACAAUGUUGAAGACCCAUGCUAACUUGGUGGCAGGAAAUGCUGGUGAAGUUUUGUGCUGCAAUGAUAUACUUGAGACUUUUUCCACAAGUGAAACAUCUGGUGCUUCCAACAUGGGAAAAAUGAAUUCUUGUACAAGCAUCGAGGACUACCCAAGGAAGGUAUUAAUUAUCAACGAAGGAGCAGGGGAUGUUGUCGCGUUACUAGGCGCCAUCCGCCUGGUGAAGUACUUAUGCCAAAGUCAUUUGCUUGGAAGAGAAAGACGCGUAAGAUUGGUUGUGGAUGCUGGAACUGGUACAACAGCUAUUGGUUUGGGACUUGGAGCCUUGUGCUUAGGGGUUCCAUGGGAGGUAACUGCUGUCAUGCUAGUCGAAACAAUCGAUGCAUUUCAACAACGAGAGAAAUGUUUAAUCUCUGAUUUCAGAACAAAAUUUGGAGAUCAUUGCUUAACUAACAUAGAUAAUGGAGUUGUUCAUUGGGUGGAGCGCAACCGUAAGAGGAAGUUUGGGAAUGUUUUGGAAGGAGAAAUAGAGGCAUGCCAACAAAUAGCACGACAAACCGGGAUUCUAGCGGAUCCUGUCUAUACUUUAGCUGCUUGGGAACUGGCAGUUCAGUUGAGUAAUGAUAAAGAAGAUGAUGCACAAGUAGUUAUGCUUCAUACUGGAGGAACUCUUGGUAUGUUUGGUUUAGCACAAAGGUAUAAAUCUUAUUUCCAUGGACUCAAACAUUGAGUUUUCUGUCUGUAAAUUAACAAGUUCAGAUGAUUAUUUUUGUUGUACAUUUGAAACUUCAGGCCAUCAUUGUUGAAAGAUAAUGAACUUUGCUACUGUCUA